AUGAGCAACAUAUAUAUUCAAGAACCACAUACGAGUGGAAAGAUCAUUCUCCAUACCACAUCGGGUGAUAUUUCUAUAGAACUUUUUUCGAAAGAAGCACCCAAAGCCUGCCGAAACUUUGUGCAGCUUUCAUUAGAGAGUUAUUUUGAUAAUACGAUUUUUCAUAGAAUUGUUCCCGGUUUCAUCAUACAAGGCGGUGAUCCAACCGGAAGCGGACAUGGCGGGGAAUCAAUAUAUGGGGGUCCAUUUGUCGAUGAGUUUCAUACAAGGUUACGUUUCGUACGGCGUGGCCUUGUCGCUAUGGCCAACGCUGGAAGAAAUGAUAAUCGUAGUCAGUUCUUUAUUACAUUGGAUAGAACCGAUGAAUUACAAAAUAAGCAUACGAUUUUUGGGAAAGUGGUUGGCGAUACUAUAUUUAAUGUAUUGAAAAUUGGAGAACUUGAAAUUGACGAAAAUGAGCGGCCACUCUAUCCACCUAAAAUCAUCUCUACCGAGGUGGUUUGGAAUCCUUUUGAUGAUAUCAUUCCCCGAAUUACGGCUGCAGAAAAACUUGCACAGGUGGAGACUUCUGCUACCGCGAUGCUCCCAAAAGAACCCAAGAAAAAUAAGCUCAAAAAGAACGUCGCGUUAUUAUCAUUUGGAGAUGAAGCAGGUGAAUUUGAAAAUGACCAGAAUUUAAAAAUAAAGAGUAGUCACGAUUUAGUGGAAGAUGAUCCGAGAUUGAGUAAAGAAGUUUCUGUCAAAGAAGAAGCUUUACGACAAGAAAUCGAACAAGUUAAGCAAGAUAUUAGAAAAUUAAAUCGACCACGUGAAUCAGAAGAGAAUGAACGUGCCAAAAAGAAAGCGAGAAAAUCUUUUAUACAACUUGAGAGACAAAGGUAUUUAACAUCCGGUAAAGCGGUCGCCGCUAAAAGGAAGAAAGGGAAGGAAGUUGAUACAUUGGAAAAAUUAAAAGCUUUUCGAGCAAAAAUUGAGGUUGCUGUUCCUUCGGAGACUGAGACGCCAGUAAAAACCGAUGAAGAUGCAGUACUUUGUAUUCUUCAUUCAGUACCUAAUUGUUUAUCUUGCCGAGAUACGUUCGGGGAACCUCAGCAAGAUGAAACGGAUGAAGGAUGGUUAGCACAUCGCCUUGUAUUUGAAAAAGACCAUAAAGGCAAAGAUUUAAUGCAAAGAAGAGAUGAUCCGAAUGAUUUCAUAGUUAUCGAUCCAUUGGCUCGCAAAAAACAAGCAGUAGAAGAAGAAAGGGAAAAAAAUGCACAAAAAGGUGGAAUAAGUGAAGUAUUCAUAAAAGAUAGACGUAGAGAACGGGAAAGACAUUCCGACCAUCAUAAAGACAGUCAUCAUAAUUCAAAUAGAGAUCAAGAUAGAAGUCGAUAUAGAUCUAAGGAUUCUAAGGAUUAUGAUAGGGAAAAAUAUUUAGAUAGGGAAAGAGAUCGAGACCGUAGAGAUAGACGGCGUUAUUGA